CUGCGGUCCGUUUGCACGUGUGAUUAGCAGAAGCCAAGCAUGCAACGAACUUCACUAUGACGAAAAAGAAAUUAACCGUAUGUGCACCUGUAAAAAAGGCAGUGAAGAAGGUCGAGGUUGCUCCAGCCUUUGAAGACGAGUUCAGCGAUGAAGAGUGCGCAGAUUCUGCAGACGAAGGGGAUGUGGUGUGGGACAUGGAAGAUGACAGCAAAGAAGAUAGUACCGUGCCCGAAAAACGACAGGCGGAACCGGGAGAAUCUCACCCGAAGAAAAAGUUCAAACUGUCGAAAAGGGAGCUAUAUAAGCCUCCAACUGCAGAAGAGCUAAACAGCCUCAAAGAAGUCGAAACGUUAUUUCACUCAAAUUUGUUUGGACUUCAGCUCUCGGAUCUUCUCAAAACAAUUAAGCUGAAAGAAAAACAUGUGCUUGAGCUCAACGAGUGGCUGGAGUUCUUCAAAAAGGCACUGCAAUCCCUUCCACCAUGGAAAUCAGCUCGGGUCAAGCCAGAAAAGUUUCUGAAAAAGGUGAAACUUCCACUAAAAGCAAGCACUCCGGCAGAUCCAAAAUGCAGGUUUCGUUUCGUGCCACCCGUUACCGUGAAACCAGUUGGAAGCUUCGUAUUGAAUGCCACUAGGGGGCCAGAUUACCUCGUCGACAUUGCUCUCGAAAUGCCUGCGGACUGCUUCGAAAAGACAGAUUUUCUUAACCAAAGGUACCACAGAAAAAGGGCAUUGUAUCUGGCCACAAUUGCGGCGCAUUUGAAAAAGUCUGAAUUUGUGGAAGAGAUGGCUUUUCAAUUUCACCAUGGCACUACGACUAUGCCGGUGCUGCUCUUGAAGCCAGCAGGCAAAGCAGGCAAACAUUUCAAGGUGUGCCUUUUGCCCUACCCUUCCUCAAAUGUGUUCAAGCUGAGCCGUUUCAUCCCGCGUCGGAGCAACGUUCGUGCAUCCUGGUUUUUUGGUUCGGACAACGACGGCCUGACAGAAGAACUGCCAUCCCCAUGCUACAACGCGAGUGUGCUCUCGGACUUACGGAUGGUUGCCCUGAAUGAUUAUUUCGUUGAGAAACUAGGGUCGCAUCAAGCAGUGCAAGACGUUAUUGUUCUUUUGAAACAAUGGCUUCAUAAGAGAGAUCUUGAUCAGGGAUAUGGCACAUUUUCUGGCUUCCUAAUCAUGGCAUACGUUGCCUACUUGCUUAAGAAUCGCAAGAUCAGCACAAUGAUGAGUUCGUAUCAAGCCAUGCGCUACGUUCUUCUCAGUUUAUCCCAAUCAGACUGGAUGGAGGAGCCAAUUUCACUCUGCUCCGAGAGUCAGCAGAACCAGCCAACAAUUGAAGAGUUUUCAGAACAUUACCCUUUGGUUUUCGUUGAUCCGUCGGGCUUCCUGAACUUGUGUGCACAUACCUCAGUCGAGUCUUACCUGAGGGUUAAACACGAAGCGCAUUUGGCCAUAACGUUCCUCGACUCGUGCUCUGCGGAUAGCUUCCAGGCACUGUUUAUGACACGUGUACCCUUCUACAGAACAUUCGAUUUGUUCAUUCGGCUGGACAAAAGCGACAUUGAAAGUGCCUUGGAUAGCCUAACCCUUCGGGAUCAACUGGCAGACGCUGAUGGGAAUGAAUCGUACGUCGCAGCGCACGCCGUCUGUUCUAUUUUACGUAGGGGCCUCAACAGAAGAAUAUCUCUGCUCUCUGCGCGGCUUACGGCAUCACCUGAGUGGGGACUGAAUGUGACACCUCCGGAACCAGAGGCUUGGGUGGACUUUGGCAUAAUUCUCAACUCCCCAGAGUGCUAUAACUUGGUGGACAAAGGACCUCCCGCGGAUGCUCCAGAAGCCCUAGAAUUUCGAAACUUCUGGGGUGACCGGUCAGAGCUGCGAAGGUUUCAAGACGGCAGCAUCUUGGAGGCUGUCGUCUGGAACGCGAAGUUGGCCUGUGAGCAACGCGAGAUUGUGCUGAGCAUCGUACGGUACUUACUACGACAGUAUGUUCAUGUGGAAGGUGUGACAUGUGUGGGAGACUUCCUUGAUCCCGUCUUGAGGUUGAGUAAAGUAACCUGGCCCCAGAGAGCACCGUACGGAACCGGAGAAGAGACUAAUCUCAUUGUCAUAAAGACAUACGAUGAGUUUUCGAAGCAGCUACGGAAGCUGAGUGAUCUGCCCCUCGAAGUCUCUUCAGUUCAAGGCAUAUCUGCAGUUCUGCGUUCUACUGAGGUCUUCCCACCUUUCAAGGGUGUCCUGAGCACGGACUUUGGCAUGGCAUAUACAGUCGAUGACAAAUAUUUAUUACCCGUAGCAACUAAGGCGCAUUUCCACCACUUGGUCAUACCAGUAGAAGUUAUCGUGCACAUGGAAGCCAGCGGGAAGUGGCCUGAUGACUUGGAUGCUCUGCAACGUGUAAAGGCAGCCUUUCACAUUGCAUUGGCAAAAGAGUUGAAGCAACAGUGUUCCCUUCCAACACUCGUUCGUCCAGGGUAUAUCGACAUCCUCAAGGAAGGGUUUGUCUUCCGGGUGCGCAUUGCAUGUCACAAGGAAAUAACGUUGGCCAAAGUGCAAGUGACACCUGAUGGUAUGGUCAAGAUGAAGGACACAGAGGCUAGUCUGCAUUUGGAAUACCUUACGGAGAGGCUACCCGGCCUCACAAGCUCUCUCCAUGGCCUGCAACAGCAACACGGAACAUUUGGCGCAGCAUGCCGUCUGGCGAAACGUUGGGUUUCAGCCCAGUUCCUUUAUGGCCACGUUCCGGACGAAUGUGUAGAAAUCCUCGUUGCAUCAGUGUACCUCACGCCCGCUCCAUAUGCUGUUCCUAACUCACCACGUGUGGCAUUUCAACGGUUCUUGGCCCUUCUUGUGAACCAUGAUUGGAGCACGCAGCCCUUGAUAGUUGACUUUGCUGACAAACUCACGAAGGAAAAGUGUGCAGAGGUGCAGUCUACCUUUAUCAACUCCAGGAGCACACUGCCUGCCAUGUUCAUUACCACGCCAUUUGACGGCAACCACCUUUCACCGUGGACGCGCCAAGCGCCCACGGGACAGAUUCUGUGUCGACUCGUGGCCCUUGCUAAGGCGUCACUGCAAGUUUUGGAACAACAGAUUUCCUGCCCGGUAGACAUUGAUGUGAAGCAAAUCUUCCGCGCACCACUAGACCCCUACGACGUUUUGAUUCACCUAGAUGAAGCUAGAAUACCGAACGUCUACCAGGGCGUCGACUACAGUGAAGGCGUAUCCGUAAAGCCAGUGCUCAAACUGCUCUUCCCAGUGGUAGGCGUGGACGUGGUAUCAUGUUACGUUCAAGCUCUCAGGGACGCUUACGGUGACCUCGCCUUAUUCUUCUACGACCACUACGGCGGAAAGUGCGUGGGGGUGCUCUGGAAGCCUAAGGCCUUUGAACCUCAACCAUUCAAGAUAUCUGCAGUGCCGGGACGUAUGCUGAAUGGAGAGGGCAAACUGAUCCCAAAUGUAGAAGCCAUUUUGGAAGAUUUUGGUGUGAUAGGGCAAGGACUUGUCGCAUCAGUCGAAGCCAGGACGAGCAAGUGGAAAAUAUAGGAAGGCAACAGUGUGCACCUGUACAUAUUGAGGAAAGGGAAGUGCAUUCGCCAUGCUGGGGAAAAGUAACAAAUCGACAUCAUUUGCACCAUUUU